AUCCGUCAUUGAGUGGUCGGCGGUGCCGCGAGUGGAGCCGGAGCCGGAGCCGGGCUGUGUGGUGCCCACCGUCAUGGUGAGAGGAACAAAUAAAACAAAACUGCAGACGUCGUAAACUCUAAAGGAAAUAUGAGCCUGCAGACGUGACCUGGAAGUGCAGCUGAGACGUCGUAUUUCGCUUGAGCUGCUGCAAGAAAAGCACGGAAUGGCUUCGACUGAGAUGCGAAAAGAGCUGGAAGAUUAUCUGAAAGGGCUGAACAUCGAGACAAUAUGUGAGGAACACCCCGAGGUCUUCACGGUUGAAGCUAUGAUGCCUUAUGUGCAACACCUUGAGGGGGCGCACAGCAAGAACUUGUUUCUUAAAGACAAGAAGAAAAAAAGCUUGUGGUUGGUGACUGUCUUACAUGAUAGACAAGUCAACUUGAAUGACCUAGCAAAGAAGCUGGGUGUUGGAAGUGGAAAUCUACGUUUUGCAGAUGAGGGGACAAUGCUGGAAAAACUAAAAGUUGGUCAAGGUUGUGCAACACCACUUGCUCUGUUUUGUGAUAAACAAGGAGAUGUAAAAUUUGUGUUGGAUUCAAACUUUGUAAAUGGAGGAUAUGAAAGAAUCUAUUUUCACCCAAUGACUAAUUCGGCCACUAUGGGUAUUAAGCCUGCAGACUUCCUACAAUUUGUAAAGGAAACAGGUCAUGAACCCACAAUACUAAAUUUUGAUUAGAAUGUAAAAAAAAUAAAAUCAUGCAAUAAUAA